AUGACGUCGCUCAUGGGUAACCAGUCUCGUGGUGAGACUAUCGGAUACUCCUUCUCCGAGCCAACGUCCGCUAAUGUCAAACAACAUUCCUUCUACCCUUACACCGACAACGGCGGCUCCACCCUCGGCAUCACCGGCUCUGAUUUCGCUAUCCUCGCCGGAGAUACUCGUUCCACAUCAGGCUACAAUAUCAACUCUCGCAUGGUUCCGAAGGUCUUCAGAAUUGGCGGUGACGAUGAGACAGGCGAGGGAGCUCAGGUCCUUCUCUCCGUUGUCGGUUUCGCCGCCGACGGCAAUGCUCUCAAGGAAAAGCUGGACACCAUGGUGAAGAUGUACAAGUACAAGCACGGGAAACCCAUGUCAGUCUCAGCAUGUGCACAGCGAUUGUCGACCAUUCUGUACGAGAAGCGAUUCUUCCCGUACUACGUGCAUGCUAUCCUGGCUGGCCUGGAUGAGGAAGGCGUCGGUGCUUUGUACAGCUACGACCCGGUGGGCUCUUACGAGCGUGAACAGUGCCGCGCUGCCGGUGCAGCAUCCAGCUUGAUCAUGCCUUUCUUGGACAACCAAGUCAACUUCAAGAACCAAUAUAUCCCUGGAAGCGGAGCAGGCCAUGCCCUUGAAGCCGUCAAGGCUGAGCCUCUGCCCAAGGACACAGUCAAGCAGCUUGUACGGGAUGCCUUUACAAGUGCUGUGGAGAGACAUAUCGAGGUUGGUGAUGGUUUGCAAAUGAUGAUUAUUACGAAGGAGGGCAUUGAGGAAGUGUUCAUUCCUCUGAAGCAAGAUUAG